CUCGAUUGGAAGCUGACAAAAAAAAAAAACACACAGCAGGAGAGGGAAGGAGGAGAUGAAACCAAGAAAAUAUCAAAAUACGAGCAAAAAAUGGGGAUUCACACUCAGUAAUUGACGCCUGAGAGAGUUUUCCAUCAAAGGGAAUUCCAGCAGAGGAUCGCCGCUUGCAACUGCACCCCGUAGUUUAAAAUGAAGAAUGCCUGCACUACCAAAGAGUGACCAGGAGGAGGUGAUGAUGGGAGCAGGAAGGAGCUGCCAGGGGGCGCUGUGGUUCCAUUAGCGACGUGGCGCCGGGCUGAGAUGUUGUGCUGAAAAAGAAACAAGGCCAAGAACCUCAACCAGAACUGCUCUAUCAAAGAAAAGCUUUUUAUUUUUAAAUUUGUUUUGUUUGUUUGCUCUCUCCCUCCCCCUCAGUUUCGUCGGAUUUGUAUGGCAGCGGUGUAACCGUGGAGAGGCCAGGGUAUCACAAGCUUAUGGAUUUUGAUAAGAGAGGAGGGAAGGGGGAGGCUGAGGAAGGGAAAAGGAUGUCCAAGAUGGCGGGAGGGAGGACUGGACAUGGCGGCCGGAGUUCGGGGUCUAACUCUGGGGUGCUUAUGGUUGGCCCCAACUUCCGCGUCGGGAAAAAAAUUGGCUGCGGCAAUUUUGGAGAGCUGCGCCUCGGGAAGAAUCUCUACACCAACGAGUACGUGGCCAUCAAAUUGGAGCCAAUCAAGUCCAGAGCACCACAGCUGCAUUUGGAAUACAGAUUUUACAAGCAGCUGGGAAAUUCAGGUAAGUAGCUUCAAAAUACAUGUAUCACUUUUGCUUGCUGCCCCUUUGCUUUUUAUAAUGUGGUGCAAACUGUAAACCAGAUUAGCCAAAGUGUCUUCAUAUUACUAAGCACCAGCACAAUGUACAGCGCAACUAUAU